UCCUCCUGGACAUCCGGAGAUUGAAGAACGAUUUACAGAGUGACGGGAAAAGAAAAGGAAGUCGUAAAUGUUACCAAAUAUUGCUUUUUGAUGAUUUUUUCUUGGCACGGCUAAUAUCUAGAAUGGAAAAUCCUGAUGAUAUUGCAAUUCGCUUUGGAGAUGAAGCUUUGCAGCAGCAGCAUCAGAAACGCUUAAGGCAUCCUCUGGCUGUGCUUUUCCAGCUUUUAUUUCGAGUUUCAGCCUUGCUUAUUUAUUUAUUUUGUGGUUGGUUCAGUGAUAGUUUCGUAACGUGUUUUGUUUUUAUUAUAUUAUUAUUAUCAAUGGAUUUUUGGACUGUAAAGAAUGUCACAGGAAGAUUACUAGUGGGUUUACGGUGGUGGAAUUACAUAGAUGACAACGGGCAGAGUCACUGGGUUUUUGAAUCUAGAAAGAAAGAUGACAUUAGAGUCACAAAUGUUAUCGAAUCCCAAGUGUUUUGGAUUUCUCUCAUAGUAACACCAAUAUUAUGGUUUGUGUUCCUUCUUUUUGCAUUAUUUGGUGCUAGAUUAAAAUGGCUGUUGGUGGAUUGUGUUGGGUUAUGCUUAAAUGGAGCGAAUGUUUACGGUUAUCUGAGAUGUAAACUUGGUGAUGGAAAAAGUAUACGUGAUUCCGCUUCUGCAUUUCUUACACCAAAACUUUUUACAAAUGUAAGUAUUCUUAUUUUUUACAAAUUUUAAGAAAAUUUAAUGUCAUAAUUUUAAAAUUGUAAUGAAACAGUACAAUGUCAACAUUAUGUGAUUUAUCUUUAAGCAACUAUUUUAGUCCAGAAUUAAAUGGAUUUCUUCAAGCUCAACAAAGUUAUAAACGAUGAAUAAAAAUUGAAUGUAGAUGAAUGUUUAAAUCACAGAACAGAAUGAGUAGGUCUUGUUCCUACUUUUUUAUGGAUACAGGCACGUAUGGGGUAGACAACA